GAAGUCCUUCCCGCGGUCCUGCUCUGCUGUUCCCACACGUUAGAAGGUGCCGGGCUUUUAUUGUGAAAGCGGUCGGGACUCCGCAGUUGUUUCACUGGAUAUCAGCUGAGGGGGACCGAGGGAGGCGUUCCCGCCUCUCAUGCCUCCAGUACAAACUUUGAUUUACCUACAGCUCUUACACUUUUCCCACUGCUUCUGAGGCGGACUUGACUGUAGUUGGACCGGCGUGGGAGAAGUGAGUCAGGAAGCGCAGGUGGAGUGUUUUCUCAUCACUUGGAUUUGAGCCGUGACUGAAGACGAGCUGGUGACAGAAAGCGACACUUGCUUAGUUUCAUACGCUUUUCAGAGCGUGUGCCUUCUGACUGGCUGAAACCCCUGGGAUGGAAACGCGCAACAGCUUGGUCUGGAUUGUAAAAACUCUCAAGAAAGAAUGAAGUAACCGCUAUGGAGCCAGAAAAUGCCCCGAACUCCAAAACUUCUGGAGUCGGGGGGAGAACGCUGAUCUUUUGGAUUAUAUUCUGGUUCGCCCGGUCCAUAGCGCCCACACAAGGUCAAGAUGUGGAUGUUAUGCAGCAGCUUGGUCUCUCUGGACGAAUGGUCCAUGGCACUUCCUCUUUAUUACCUCCCUAUGUGCCAGUUGGUGUCAUCCCCAUCCAGUCUGGAGUUAUCCUCACCCCCCGGGCACGGAUCCAAGCCCCUCUGUACACUGUUCUCCCCACGACUUUUAAAUCCACGAGUUUCUCAGUGAUCCUCAGCCUGUUGGUUCAUCGAAUCAACAGCGCCUUCCUCUUUUCUGUUCUGUCCAAGAAACGGAAAUUGCAACUUGGGCUGCAGCUCCAGUCAGGGAAGGUCCUGGUGCAUGUUGGCCAGAGAAACUAUGUAACUUUUGACUACGACGUCCACGAUGGCAGAUGGCAUCAUCUGGCCUUGGAUGUCCGGGGCCAUCUGCUGACCUUGUACACAUCAUGUGGAAACAAAAGCGUACAAGCAGACUUGCAUUUAAAAAAGGAGGAGGUACUGGAUCCUGAGGGAUCAUUCUUGCUGGGGAAAAUGAACUUCAACUCUGUGCCAUUCGAAGGUGCAAUUUGUCAGUUUGACAUUUAUCCCUCUGCACAGGCAGCUCAUAACUAUUGCAAUUACAUUAAGAAGCAAUGCAGGGAAGCUGACAGCCAUCGGCCGGUGUUUGCUCCCCUGCCUCCUUUAGUUCCGAAAGACGUGACUAUCUCUCCAGUAACGGUGCUUCCCUUGGUGGAACUCUACGAUAAACCUCAAAGAGACUCUGUGCUUGGCAGGCAUGAUUUGCAAACUGACCAUUUGUUUCGAUGGAAUAGGACCCCCUCCUCCAAAAAACCUAGGUACACCUCAGUGACCGCGGCUUCAUUUGUUGAUGCAAGGAUAGAAAAUCCGUUCAAUCUUGCCACAGAAAGCGUCACUAGUGCCCUCCAGAUCAGCCAAACCUCAAUACCAGCACUAAGAAAUGUAACUCAAAAAGAGAGGACACAUGAAGAGGAAGUCAAUGGUCACGUACUUUUCAGGACAACCAUGGCUCCGGCAAGCCAACCUCCAAGGCAGAGUACGAACCGCCAUCCCACAAUUUCAACGACUCAGGGGUCUCCUUUAAACACCCUCCUUCCAAAGAAAAGGCAAUCAACCACAGCAGCUCCAAAGAAAGUAAUUUGGAAGGUGCCCAAUACACAGGAAGUCUCUUCAUUCAUCCCCAUUACUCCAGCUGCAACAGAUGGCUUCCAAACAUAUGACCUUGAGCCCACACAGUUCUCUCUCCUCGCUGGACCCCCCGGACUUAAGGGAGAGCCAGGACCACCGGGCCUUCAAGGUCUUCCUGGACUGCCUGGAAAGGCAGGAAAGAGGGGUCCCCAGGGUCCUCCUGGACCACAUGGGGCGCCGGGUCCCGCCGGAGUACCUGGACUGAAGGGUCAAAAGGGAGAUCCAGGUCUUUCCAACGGUCAAGCACCCAAAGGACAACAAGGGGAACCGGGUUUGAGGGGCCCGCAAGGACCGGCUGGACACGGAGGACAGAAGGGACUGAAAGGUCAUCCAGGUCCUGUCGGCCUCCACGGUGAGCCGGGUGCACGAGGAGACGAUGGACGUCCCGGUACCAAAGGCUAUCCUGGCAGGCAGGGCUUACCUGGGCCAGUAGGGACGUCUGGGCCAAAAGGAGACAAGGGCCACAUCGGUAUCAGCGGACUCUUUGGCCUCCCUGGAUCUGAUGGUGAGAGAGGAAUUCCUGGUGUUCACGGGCAGAAGGGCAAGAUGGGUAGGCCGGGGUUUCCUGGUGAUGUAGGCGAGAGGGGACCCCCGGGACCUGACGGGAACCCUGGUGAACUGGGAGCUCCUGGCCCAUGUGGUGUCCAGGGUCUUAUAGGGGACAUGGGCCCUCCAGGGAAUAUGGGUUUAAUGGGUCCACUGGGAUUCAAGGGAGUGCCAGGACACCCUGGUGAACCAGGACUGAAAGGUGAUCAGGGAGACACCGGCGUACCAGGCGAGCCAGGGGAGAUGGGAUUUAAAGGUGACAAGGGUAAACUUGGUGAGAAGGGUGCUGCCGGUACACCAGGUCCCACUGGUCUUGAGGGCUAUCCCGGCAACAUCGGCCUCCCUGGUCAGAAUGGCCCAGUGGGGUCGAAGGGGAAGCAAGGAGUGAGAGGACUGCCAGGGCCACAGGGAACAUCCGGAAUUCAGGGCGAGGAAGGACCUCUUGGACCUGUCGGAGUUGCAGGGCCCGAGGGCAGACUUGGCAGGGAGGGAUUUCCUGGACCCACUGGCUCAGAUGGACUGAAGGGUGAGACUGGAAUUGAUGCUGAUGCAGGAAGACCUGGAGAGAUGGGACUGCCUGGCUUUUUCGGUGCUGUUGGUGAGGUUGGCGCUCCGGGAGAAAAAGGUGAUCGUGGGAAAACGGGUCCUCCUGGACAAUCUGGAGAAACUGGGCUGAUGGGACACACUGGAAUACCUGGAGAAACAGGUCUCCCGGGGAUGGAGGGAGUCCAAGGACCUCCUGGAUCGACUGGUUCUGUUGGCAUCAGGGGACCAAAAGGCAGAAUGGGUCCGAGAGGUCCUGAUGGCCCGCUGGGGGAGAAGGGCCGCGCUGGAUUGAAGGGUCCUGACGGCCCACCUGGAAGACCAGGAUUCCCUGGAGACAUGGGGAAGACGGGCGAGCCGGGUGAAGUCGGGCCGAAGGGAUUUCCAGGUGUCCAAGGACUGUCAGGAUUUCAAGGAGCCAAAGGAAUAGAAGGAAACCCAGGACCCGUGGGGCCGUCGGGAACAAUCGGACCUCUGGGGGAGAUGGGGCCGAUGGGACUGCCAGGAAAUGCUGGGGAGAGAGGGCUGGCUGGUGAACCUGGAGAGAAGGGCAGUGCUGGUCCACCAGGAAACCUUGGUGAUCUGGGUUUGACGGGCCACAGGGGUGAACCAGGCAUGGCUGGAGACACUGGCCAGGGAGGCUACAAUGGCAUGAAGGGUGAAAAGGGGGAUGCUGGUACCGAGGGCACUGAAGGAGACAAAGGUGAAAUUGGCCAGAAAGGAAAGGAAGGACCUGCAGGUCUCCCAGGACUGUCAGGUGUUCGAGGUCCAGAGGGUAAGCCAGGGAAAAUCGGUGAGAGAGGUAAAGCUGGAGAAAAGGGGGCUAAAGGUCACCAGGGUCAGCUGGGAGAGUCCGGGUCAAUCGGUGAGCGAGGACAGCCUGGAUGUGUUGGGCAGAAGGGAAACAGAGGAACAAUUGGGGAGCUGGGUCCACCAGGGAACAUGGGCCAACUUGGAGAUCCGGGCUUACCAGGCUAUGAGGGCCACAUGGGAAUGCAUGGCCCUCGAGGACCACCGGGGCCUAAAGGUGAAAAGGGUCUGCAGGGGGACGACAGCAAGGUAGAAGGUCCUGCUGGACCCCGAGGAGAGAGAGGUGCGGCUGGAACCAAAGGAGAUAGAGGGGAGGCUGGGGACACCGGCUAUAUGGGGCUCUUAGGAGUUACUGGAGAGAGAGGUGCGGCUGGUGACUCUGGACUUCCUGGUCACCCUGGAGCUAAAGGACAGCCAGGUUCGAAAGGAUCUAAAGGAGCUCAAGGUCAGAAAGGAAAAUCUGGUCUCAGAGGUUUAUCUGGAAGCAAAGGGCCACCGGGUUCUGAGGGCCCACCUGGCGCACCAGGUGUGGUGGGCAUGGAGGGAAUUGAGGGGCCGCCUGGCAUAGAUGGACAGACUGGUGUAAAUGGAAUUGCAGGCAUGAAGGGGGAUCAAGGUGAAGAUGGAGAGGUGGGCCCCCCUGGCAAACCUGGACUGCAGGGUACGAUCGGCGCGACUGGGCUUCCUGGCAGUCAAGGUUCCUUCGGACUUAAGGGUGACAGAGGUCAUCAGGGUCAAAUCGGGCCUGGAGGAAGGAGGGGGUUUGCUGGCGGCAUUGGUUUUCCAGGGAGAUAUGGAGACCAGGGCCCCAAGGGACAACCGGGAGAUGUUGGUGACCUCGGAGUUCCAGGGAUGUCAGGGAUGUUCGGACCGAAGGGACCCCCAGGAGAUGCAGGCCCAGCUGGAAUCCAGGGACCGAGAGGACCACGUGGUCUGAUGGGCACAGAGGGAGCUGUUGGCCCGGUCGGCCUCAUCGGCCCCACUGGUCAUCCGGGACCCCAGGGUGACAAGGGGAGUCGAGGGGAGACGGGUCUGCACGGCGCCAGGGGAUCGACUGGACCCCGCGGACCACCUGGACCACCAGGUCCGCCCAGCUCUGUGGAGUCCCUGAAAGACGAGGCUUUUAGUGCUGCUUUCCAAGUCAUCAUGGAUCCCCAAGCUGCUCUGAGGCCAGCGUUGGAGUAUCAGCAUUUGGACCUGCCCAUGUUGGACCAGGGCUCAGAAAUCUUCAAGACCCUGCAGCACCUCAGCAGCCUAAUACACAGCCUGAAGAACCCGUUUGGAACCCGAGACAACCCGGCCCGGAUCUGCAGGGACCUCUACAACUGUGAGCAGCGGCUGCACGACGGCACUUACUGGAUCGACCCGAACCUGGGCUGCGCCGCCGACACCAUCGAGGUGACGUGCAACUUCACGGCUGGAGGACAGACGUGCUUGAAACCCAUCACCGUGUCCAAGCCUGACGUGGGAGUAGAUCGCAUCCAGAUGAACUUUGUGCAUCUGCUGAGCACUGAGGCCGUGCAGCACGUCACCAUCCACUGUCUCAACACGCCGGUGUGGUCGGGCGGACCCUCUUCACACCCCUCCUCCUCUGAGGCUGUCAGCUUCAAAGCCUGGACGGGAGAGAGGAUUCAGGCCGGGGACCUGCUGGAACCACGCGUGCCUCAGGACGACUGCUGGAUGAAAGACGGACGCUGGCAUCGGACCCGCUUCAUCUUCCACACCCAGGACCCAAACCUACUCCCCAUCGUGGAUGUGACCAACCUACCAAGACCAAGCCCGGGGUCCCGUUACCACCUGGAGGUGGGGCCGGUGUGUUUCCUGUAGGUGCUCCUCAAAGACGGAGAGAACACCUGGAUAUUCUCAAGAAAAAAUGCUCGGACUGCAGACACAGAAGCGAGACUCUGAAAGACUACGGUCAAUGUCGGCCCAUGGAUGACUCGAAUAAGCUUCUGUUUUCAGAGACUUGUGAAACAAGACCUGAAUGGCCCUGGAUUUAGGAAAUAAUGUAUGGAUUGCAGGACCACGGUGUACAAUAUCCCUGCACGGUCUGAUCCAGUAUCAGUUGCUCAGCGCAUAAGCAAAGCAAUUAUUGUCCCAUAAGUGUUUAUUUAUAUCUGUGUGUGUGUCCUGUAAAUUGUGAUUUAAAGGUGCAAUAGUUUUCAUCUGCAGCCUCCACAAUAUCAUCAUCAGGUGAAACUGUCAUUCUGACACUCUCUGUCUUCAGGUUUGUUCCGUCUGAGCCGCCCCAGAGCUGAGAAAACCCACUCACACUACUGCUGUGCCAUCAUUUUCAUGUCAGGUCUGCCACAGAAUCUGUCCAGAGACGUGUCAAGAGACGCUACCUCUUCCUGCUCUACACCCCCCGAGUGUGCGCCGCUCCGUAAGUGAGGGAGAGUCUUGGUGCUGCAGUCGACACGACCGAUCUUUGUUGGUGCUUUGUAAAGAAAACAAAGGGAAAUUUAACAAUGUGCUUGUUCAAAUCAUUAAAUUAUAAGACAGAUCCUUCUCACAGUCUCUAUUUGCAGGUUUUCAUGCUGCCUCCAUUUUGACAUUUUGUGUCAUUGUAAUAAGCUGUUUCUUCUUCUCAUCUACUUUUAAUGGCAACUACAUUAGGACCCUAGUUAUGUAGACGUGUUGUGGUCUCAGGUCCAGACCCAAGACCACAACUUUAAGGUCUUGGUUUUGCCAUAGAAUCUCAGCCAAGCUGGACUGUCUAGACCAACAUUUACAUGUUAAACUGCAGAAAAAUGUAGCAUUUUAUUUUUGGAAAAAACACCACCUGAAUGUUAAGUUUGUGGCCAUUAACCAAUUGCUGUAUUUAUAUCAGAUACUAUUUACAUUACACUUUUCCUGAUUGUGAAUGUCAAAUCUCCAAACACAAAGCGGCAUCGAGGGUCAACUAGAGUGAUCUCAAGAUUAAUGGCAAAUUAGACACUUGGGUUGAUGGAAAUCUUCCUUUAGAGCAGAUUGAAAAUGACAAAUAUUUAUUCAGCAACCCUAAAAUAACUACUCCAAGUCAACUGGGAUGGGGACUGAUGUCAACGGUGUUUUGUAGUUUAAAAAUGACUAAGAGACUCAUUGUUCUCCAUUCAUUUUCACACCAUGACUCAGUCAUGA